AUGGCAGCUCCUACAGAGCAGCCCGACGGCACUGGUGUCCUCCAACUCGACCCCUGGCUCGAACCGUUCAAAGACGCCCUCAAGACUCGAUUCGCUUACGCUCAGGAUUGGAUUAAGAAAAUCAAUGAUACAGAAGGUGGUCUCGAGAAGUUCAGUAGGGGAUACGAAACGUUCGGAUUCAAUGUCAAAGAAAAUGGCGACAUUGUCUACCGAGAAUGGGCACCCAGUGCAAUCGAAGCCCAUCUCAUCGGCGAUUUCAACAACUGGGACAGAAAAGCUCACCCCAUGAAGGUGAAUGAUUUCGGCGUCUGGGAAAUCACUCUUCCCGCCAAAGACGGUGUACCGGUGAUACCGCAUGAAAGCAAAGUCAAGAUUACCAUGGUCACCCGUGCAGGUGAAGUAAUCGAUAGAAUCCCCGCCUGGAUUAAACGAGUCACUCAAGACCUUGAUGUUUCGCCCGUUUACGACGCCGUGUUUUGGAAUCCGCCCGCGAGUGAGAAAUAUACCUUUCGUCAUGAUCGUCCUAAGAAACCUGCCAGUCUUCGUAUCUAUGAGGCUCACGUCGGUAUUUCUUCGCCAGAGACGAAGGUUGCGACGUACAAGAAUUUCACGACUAAGAUGCUACCCCGAAUCAAGUACUUGGGAUAUAAUGCCAUUCAGUUGAUGGCGAUUAUGGAACAUGCCUACUAUGCUAGUUUCGGCUACCAGAUUAACAAUUUCUUUGCGGCAAGUAGCCGUUACGGACCUCCCGAGGAUUUGAAGGAGCUGAUUGAUACUGCCCAUAGCAUGGGAAUUGUGGUUUUGCUUGAUGUUGUGCACAGCCAUGCCUCCAAGAAUGUGCUGGAUGGGUUGAAUAUGUUUGAUGGCAGCGACCACCUCUACUUCCAUUCUGGUAGUAAGGGUCAGCAUGAGUUGUGGGAUAGUCGUUUGUUCAACUAUGGCAGCCACGAAGUCCUUCGCUUUUUGCUCAGCAAUCUUCGGUUCUGGAUGGAGGAGUAUAAGUUUGAUGGAUUCAGGUUUGAUGGUGUUACUAGCAUGCUGUAUACCCACCAUGGUAUCGGAACCGGAUUCUCUGGCGGUUAUCACGAAUACUUUGGCCCCGCUGUCGAUGCUGACAGCGUGAUGUACCUCCAGCUUGCCAAUGAGAUGCUCCAUGAGAUAUACCCAGAGACUAUUACAAUUGCCGAGGAUGUAUCGGGCAUGCCGGCGCUAUGUUUACCGCUAUCUCUGGGUGGAGUGGGCUUCGACUACCGUCUUGCCAUGGCUGUUCCGGACAUGUAUAUCAAAUGGCUCAAAGAGAAACAGGAUGAUGAAUGGGACAUGGGUAACCUAGUGUUUACUCUUACGAACCGACGACACGGCGAGAAGACGAUUGCAUAUGCAGAGAGUCACGAUCAAGCUCUCGUUGGUGACAAAACACUGAUGAUGUGGCUGUGCGACAAGGAAAUGUACACCAACAUGUCAGUUCUGACCGAACUGACUCCCAUCAUUGACCGUGGCAUCUCCCUUCACAAGAUGAUCAGACUUGUUACCCAUGGCUUGGGUGGUGAGGGAUGGCUCAACUUUGAGGGUAACGAGUUCGGCCAUCCUGAAUGGCUCGACUUUCCUCGUGCUGGAAACAACAAUUCCUUCUGGUACGCACGUCGUUUGUUGAACCUGACCGAGGAUCAUCUCCUCCGCUACCGAUUUUUGAACGACUUUGAUCGUGCCAUGCAAGUAACUGAAGAGAAAUACGGCUGGUUACAUGCGCCACAAGCGUACGUCAGCUUGAAGAACGAGAACGACAAGGUGAUUGCCUUUGAGCGUGCGGGACUAUUAUGGGUAUUCAACUUCCAUCCCACUCAAAGCUUCACCGACUACCGAGUGGGUGUCGAGCAAGAAGGCACCUAUCGCAUUAUUCUGGAUACAGACGACUCUGAUUUUGGCGGACACGGCCGUAAUCAGAAAGAGACGCGAUUCUUUACUACGGACUUGCCAUGGAAUGGACGCAAGAACUUUAUCCAAGUCUACAUUCCCGCGAGGACUGCUUUGAUCUUUGCCCUCGAAAGCACAAUCUAG